AUUCUAGUCCGAUUUCGAUUGCUUUGCUUGAAUUUCGUAGAUAUAGAAUGGACUGCAGUUUUUAUGUUUAAAUCCAAAUAAUAAAGCAAUUAAAAUGUUUACACGUUCAAGACUAUUUCUUUCAAAAGCGCUGCCUCUAAGAAAUGCAUUUAAAACAGAAUACCAGAAUGAAGCGAAGUUCUUAUACAGUGUUACUAAUACACGACAUCGAUCCACAACCCCUCUCAAUACCAUAGUGAUGUUUGUUCCGCAGCAGGAGGCAUGGAUCGUAGAGCGAAUGGGCAAAUUCCACAGAAUACUGGAGCCAGGUUUGAACCUGCUGUGGCCCAUAGUGGAUAAGAUCAAGUAUGUGCAGAGUCUGAAGGAAAUCGCAAUAGACGUGCCAAAACAGAGCGCCAUCACAUCAGACAAUGUCACUCUCAGCAUAGACGGUGUGCUGUACCUGAGAAUUAUUGAUCCAUAUUUAGCUUCAUACGGCGUAGAAGACCCCGAGUUUGCCAUAACACAGCUGGCUCAGACCACAAUGCGUUCCGAGUUGGGCCAGAUAUCCCUGGACAAAGUCUUCCGAGAGAGAGAAUCUCUUAAUGUCUCCAUAGUCCAUGCUAUCAACAAGGCCAGCGAAGCGUGGGGAAUUACGUGUUUGAGAUACGAGAUUCGUGAUAUCAAGCUGCCCUCGCGCGUCCACGAAGCCAUGCAGAUGCAAGUAGAAGCAGAGCGUCGCAAGCGGGCAGCCAUUUUAGAAUCCGAGGGAGUGCGGGCCGCCGACAUCAACGUCGCCGAGGGCAAGCGACAGGCGCGGAUACUUGCCUCUGAGGCGGAGAAGCAGGAGCAGAUCAACAAAGCGUCGGGCGAGGCGCAGGCCAUGCUGGCGGUGGCCGAGGCGCGCGCCAAGGGGCUGCGGCUCGUCGGCCAGGCGCUGGGGCAGAAGGACACCCGACACGCAGCAUCUCUAACGUUAGCUGAGCAAUACGUGGCCGCUUUCAACAGGCUCGCGCGCACAAACAACACACUCAUCCUGCCUGCUAACGCGGGAGACGUUUCCAACUUGGUCGCUCAGGCAAUGUCGAUCUACUCCACCGUGUCCCAGCACAACCUGCAGACCCCGCAAGAAAUCGCGGAGCCCUACGACGACCCGCUAGUCAAGCUCCAAGCCAUCGAGAAGGGUUCCGCACAACCCGCCCUCAACGAAGACAGCCUCGCGGAAUACUUCUCCGAUGACGAGGAGAGGGAAAAGGCCCUAGCGCAAAAGAAAGAGAAAGAACUAAAGCUAGAGAGGGAUACAUAAUUAGACGGUAGAUUGGCUUGUUAAUAAAUUUAUGUUAAUUUAUACAUGGUUUUUCUCUACCUCAAUAAAAGAUGGAUGGUGUAUAAAAGUAUAUUUGUAUAGUCAAUUUUCACUCAGCCGAUUUCCAGUCUUUCAAAGUACAAAAUUUUUAAACACAAUAAUAUUUUUAUUCUUUUUUGAUUUCUAUAACAACCCAAUAGGUGUAAUAACAUAGCAUAUAAUUACAAUAAUUAACAAAAUGU